CACAUAUUUCACAGGUGUAAGCCAUACGAUCCCCUAUAUAACAACCGACUCUCUACACUCUCAAUUCACAUUACACACCACCUCGAAACCACUGCAUCUCACUCUUCUCGCUUGCAAACAACAAUGGCUGCAACAACCUUUGUAUCCACUCUCGUCUCGAAUCCCAAGGCAACUCCCCUUUCGAACUCAUCCUGUUUCAAUGGAGUCCCCCUGGCUCAUCCGAACAGCCUCGUUUCGAAAUCAAACCAACGCAAAUUCGCCGUGUCUGCAGCGGCGGCGUCUCCGGCCUACGAUCUGAAAUCGUUCAAGUUUGAACCGAUCAAGGAAUCGAUUGUUUCGAGGGAGAUGACGAGGAGGUAUAUGACUGAUAUGAUUACGUUUGCUGAUACCGAUGUUGUUAUCGUUGGCGCUGGCUCAGCUGGUCUCUCUUGUGCUUAUGAGCUCUCUAAGAACCCCUCCGUUCAGGUGGCUAUAAUUGAGCAAUCUGUCAGUCCCGGCGGAGGUGCAUGGCUCGGUGGACAGCUUUUCUCAUCAAUGGUUGUCCGCAAGCCUGCGCAUCAUUUCCUAGAUGAGCUUGAGAUCGAGUACGAUGAAAAAGAUACCUAUGUGGUGAUCAAGCAUGCGGCUCUGUUCACUUCAACCAUUAUGAGCAAGCUUUUGGCCAGGCCAAAUGUUAAGCUGUUCAAUGCUGUUGCGGCUGAAGAUUUGAUUGUCAAGGAAGGGAGAGUUUCUGGUGUUGUGACUAAUUGGGCCCUUGUUUCUAUGAACCAUGACACACAGUCAUGCAUGGACCCCAACGUGAUGGAGGCUAAAGUGGUGGUCAGUUCCUGUGGACAUGAUGGACCCUUCGGAGCCACUGGAGUGAAGAGGCUCAAGGAUAUUGGGAUGAUCAGCAGUGUUCCAGGGAUGAAAGCUUUGGACAUGAACACGGCUGAGGAUGCAAUUGUUGGGUUGACCAGGGAGAUAGUGCCUGGGAUGAUCGUUACUGGAAUGGAGGUCGCGGAAAUUGAUGGAGCUCCAAGAAUGGGACCAACAUUUGGAGCAAUGAUGAUAUCUGGGCAGAAGGCAGCCCAUUUGGCACUGAAGGCACUUGGACAUCCGAAUGCCUUGGAUGGAUCGUCCGUAGGUGGUAGUGUCCACCCAGAACUGAUCCUUGCUGCAGCCAGUGAUGCUGCUGAGAUUGUUGAUGCUUAAAUGAAGUCUGUCUGGUCUCAAUAAAAAGACCCUGGUUUUUAGUAUGUGAAAAAAAUAAAGUAUUAGAAGUUGUGAUGUUGUGGGUCUAUGAAUUUCUCUGGAUUUUCUGUCAGUGUUUGGACUUGAAUGUGGAAUGUGCACCUAAUGAGCUCUUUUCUUUA